UACGGGUCCCAGCCAGCGGCUCCAGCUGCAGUACCUGCGGCAGAAAGACUCUAAUGAAUUGAAGAUGAUCCUCCGAGAGCUGAAGUAUAGAAUUGGCAUUCAGUCAGCAAAGUUACUUCGGCAACUGAAGCAGAAAGAUAGGCUCCUGAAUAAAGUACAGAGGAACUGUGACAUCAUGACCGCCUGCUUGCAGGCUGUGUCACCGAAGAGAAGAGUUGAUACAAAAUUGAAGUUCACUCUUGAGCCGUCGUUAGGUCAAAAUGGUUUUCAGCAGUGGUAUGAUGCUCUCAAGGCAGUUGCCAGACUAUCAACAGGGAUACCAAAGGAAUGGAGAAGAAAGGUUUGGUUGACUUUGGCAGAUCAUUAUUUGCACAGUAUAGCCAUUGACUGGGACAAAACCAUGCGCUUCACUUUCAAUGAGAGGAGUAAUCCUGAUGAUGAUUCCAUGGGGAUUCAGAUAGUAAAGGACCUUCAUCGGACAGGCUGUAGUUCUUACUGCGGCCAGGAAGCUGAGCAGGACAGGGUUGUGUUGAAGCGGGUGCUGCUGGCCUAUGCCCGGUGGAACAAGAAUGUUGGAUACUGCCAAGGCUUUAACAUCCUGGCCGCACUAAUUCUGGAAGUGAUGGAGGGCAAUGAAGGGGAUGCACUGAAAAUUAUGAUUUACCUGAUUGAUAAAGUACUUCCUGAAAGCUAUUUUGUCAAUAACUUACGAGCAUUAUCCGUGGAUAUGGCUGUCUUCAGAGAUCUCUUGAGAAUGAAGCUCCCUGAAUUAUCUCAGCACCUGGAUACUCUUCAGAGAACUUCAAACAAAGAAAGUGGAGGUGGAUAUGAACCCCCGCUUACGAAUGUCUUCACAAUGCAGUGGUUUUUGACCCUCUUUGCCACAUGUCUCCCAAAUCACACAGUAUUAAAGAUCUGGGAUUCAGUCUUCUUUGAAGGUUCAGAAAUCAUCCUAAGGGUGUCUCUGGCUAUCUGGGCAAAGUUGGGAGAACAGAUAGAAUGUUGUGAAACAGCAGAUGAAUUCUAUAGCACUAUGGGGCACCUAACCCAGGAGAUGCUGGAGAAUGACCUUCUACAAAGCCAUGAACUCAUGCAGACUGUGUAUUCUAUGGCUCCAUUUCCUUUUCCACAGUUGGCAGAGUUGAGGGAAAAGUACACCUACAACAUUACACCAUUUCCAGCCACUGUGAAAUCCACCUCAGUUUCAGGACAACAUAGUAAGGUCCGAGACAGUGAUGAGGAGAAUGACCCAGAUGAUGAAGAUGCCCUUGCUAAUGCAGUGGGGUGUCUUGGACCUUUCAGUGGGCUCCUGGUGCCUGAAUUUCAGAAGUACCAAAAACAGAUUAAAGAGGCUAAUGAAGACCAGAGUCUGAGGUCCAACAACAUUGCAGAGUUGAGUCCAGGAGCCAUUAAUUCCUGUCGAAGUGAAUACCACGCGGCAUUCAACAGCAUGAUGAUGGAACGCAUGACCACAGACAUCAACGCCUUGAAGCGGCAGUACUCUCGAAUCAAAAAGAAGCAGCAGCAGCAGGUCCAUCAGGUGUACAUCAGGGCAGGCUUUAAAGAAGAAAAAAAACCUGGGUUCCUCAUAGGGCCCAAGGACCAGUCAACCAAUGACAGAGGGCCUGUGACCAGCAUUCUCCCUUCUCAGGUAAAUAAUUCUCCAGUCAUCAACCACCUUCUUUUAGGGAAGAAGAUGAAGAUGACAAACAGAGCUACCAAGAAUGCAGUCAUCCACAUUCCUGGCCAUGCAUUAGGCAAAGCAUCUCCUGUCCACUAUGAAGACCUUAAGACGAAGCUCAACUCUCCAUGGCGAACUCACAUCCGAGUUCACAAAAAGAACCUGCCAAGGACCAAGAGCCAUCUGGGUUGUGGUGACACCAUAGGGCUGAUAGAGGAGCAGAAUGAAGGCUGCAAGCCCAAUAGCCUGGUGACAGGGAAGGACUUCUCCAGUUGUGCAGCAACAGCUGAAAGAGAAGGCAGCAACUCUGAAGGUGGCACGAUGAGGACAAUUGAAGGCCAGUCCCCAGAGCCAGUGUUUGGGGAUGCUGAUGUUGAUGUGUCUGCAGUUCAGGUGAAAUUAGAAGCCUUGGAGCUGAGCCAAAGGGAUAUUUCUGCUGAACCUGAACCCAAGGCACACCCGUCAUGCCAGCAGAAUGUGCCAGAGCCGUACAGUGCCCCUGAAGAAAGUCAAGCUACCAGCAAACUUCCCCAUGGCAGCCACUCAAAAAUACCCAUCUUUAGCCCAUUUCCUAGUGUCAAACCGCUGCGGAAAUCAGUCACCGCCAGGAAUUUGGGAUUAUAUGGUCCUACGGAAAGAACCCCAACCGUGCAUUUUCCUCAGAUGAGCAGGAGCUUCACCAGAUCUAGCAGUGGGAGCAGUGGCACUAAGAAACGAUGAUGAAUCCCAGUGACUUUUUGUCUGUACUCACUUUGGCAUGGCGACAAGGGAGUUUCAGUGGCACCCUUCCAGUUUUAUUUGUCUAAUGAAAAUGAGUAGAGGUUCAGAGAUUAGCAGCAGCAGCCCUUUGAAAUGGGAAUUGGAAGUUUUAUAUAGGGAGCUAGAAUAAAGAUGUUUUCACCUCCAUUUGAUAAAAUGGAUUCUUGGAUUCUUUUUAUUUUUAACAGGAAAAAUAUAGUGGUUUUCUUUUUGGUUUUUUGAGACAGGGUC